AUGGGUCGUUGCAUCGCACUUGUGUCGUUGCUGUCGUCGUUACCUCUGCUGGUCACAACGAACAACCUUGUUGGUGCUUCGUCAUGCCCUGAAACAUAUACAUCGUCAUCAUCAUCAGCAGCAGCAGGAGGAGGAGGCAGAAUUACGACUACGUUAGACUUUGACAGCCCUCCGGCAAUCGAGAGCGGUUCAACUUUUGGUAGUGUCCGAAGCUACUGUGGCUUUGACUUCAGGCCUCCGCCUUUGGUCGUGGACUGUGCCAACAGUGAAUGCUUUAUUCCAGGAAAGGAGUCUGUCCUCUUCUUUGACAAGCCAACGACCAUUGCCCGCACUGAUCGGGGGACGUUCUCGCUGGAGAGCUUUCAGUUCUAUAAUCACAAUGCAUCUGUCACAGAAUUACACUUCUCCUUCACAACGCAGUUCUCCCAAACGGAAAUUGGUCCCAUUCCCCUUCCAUUUUUAUCUGAUAACGGAGAAGAAGCUCAACUCAUGCCGCAGUUUUUCGACAUGUCCAACGACAUUGCAUCAGUGACGUUGAUUCCAACGUGUCCGGAUGGUUUUGCGUUCUCAUUGUCCAGUUUGAAGUUUUCCUACGACACGCCCUGA